GAUUCAUAAUCCUUCAUGCUUUGUGGAAACAGGGAGGCCAUUUUGGAAUACUGUGUUGUUGACUAAGAAAUACAUCGGCAAGUUGUGGAAGUUUGCCUGCCGUCAGUCGGCAUUAAUCACUGUUUAAAACGGUGGAGUACAACAAUGUGUUGAAUGAAAAUAAACCUCUGUGUCUAAAGAUGUAAAACAGAUCUGUGAAUGUAGGAAACUUGGAUUUGCUGCCGUUUUGGAUUUGCAUCAGGAGGUUAUGCUGACAGAUUCCGUGAAUGCUGCAUGGUAGAACAAUUGAGCAUGGAUUUUUCUCGACUGCACACAUAUGCUCCUCCUCAAUAUGUGCCAGAGAACACUGGCUAUACCUAUGCACUCAGUUCCAGCUACUCAACAGAGGCAGUGGAUUUUGAAAGUACACAUCAGUUGCAUCCGGUAUACGACUCGCCAAGAAUGUCACGACGCAGAUUGCGUCCUGUUAGCAAUGAGUUUUAUUCCGCAGAGAGUGUGCACAAUGAGAGCAUUGGGAGCAACCAUUCUUUCACGGGAAGUCUCUUGUCCUACAAGGAAUCUUCAUCCAGAAACAAGCAACAACAGAAACACAAAAGUGCAAGCAAGCAAACUGUUUCUGUGUCUCAUACUCCAAGGAAAUCCAUGGUUGAGUCCUCGGUUUCCAGUCACAGCAGUAUCCUAAGCUAUGGGACAGACACAUCAAUGAUGUCCACAGUACUGGAUGAGUCUUCAAUUCGAGAAAAAACAGAAUUAGGCCAUUUCUGGGGUCUAGAUGAUGAGGAUGGUGAUAGCAAAGGAGGAAAUACAACUUUAAUCCGAGCAAAUGGAGACAUAGUGACAGGAGAAAUGCAGACGGCCUUGUUCAAUGGUUACACCUGUAACGACUGCAGCAUUCUUUCUGAACGAAAAGAUGUUCUGACUGCAUACUGUGCCUCCCAAGCACCUUCUUCAACCGUGUACUCCAGGAGCAAAAACAAAAAAGACAAGUCAAGAGUGCAGUUAUUCAUGAAUCACACACUCCAGUUGGCAAAGUAUACUGUAUCAACUGCAGCCGCAUGGUUUUUGCAGCUAUAUCAAACACUUUUGUUGAAGACUGGUUUUUACUCCAAAGCCCAUUCAAGUUACUGUGGAAGAAUGAAUGUAAAAGAGUUGAUUACUGGGGAUGGACACCUGAAUAUAAAUGGGGAAUCUUUGUGUGAUGACUGUAAGGGGAUGAAACACGAUACAUAUAAAUCCACAGAGGUGGGGUCCACAAAGUACAUGAAGUUUACACAAGUCACGCGGACCAUCUGGCUGGUCUUUGCUUAUGCAGGCUCUUUGUUGCUGCAAGUGAUGCAGGCUGCUGGUGCUGUUGCCUGGUUUGUAUCCAGGAAGGUCUUGUCUAUUCUGUGGUUGGCCAUUGUAUCUCCAGGAAAGGCUGCUUCUGGAGCUUUCUGGUGGCUUGGGACUGGAUGGUAUCAGCUGAUCACUUUAAUGUCCCUUCUUGAUGUAUUUUUGCUCACUAGGUGUCUGUCCAGAUUGCUCAGAUGGUUAUUCCUGUUGAUCCCACUUCUGUUUUUAUUUGCUGGCCUGUGGUACUUUGGUCUGGCAGGCUUGUGGUCAUUGUUACCAGUCCUUAAUGGGACAGCAGUACAAACAGCACAGGGCUCAAAAGAAACUGUACCAACUAUCCGGACAAAUGGGGAGAUUCCUGGUUCUCUGCCACUUCCACGGAGUACUGGACACUCGUUCGAUUGGAGUCGUGUGACAGAGUUAGAAAAGCAGAUUGCCGUGCUCAGUGACCAGUGUUCUCAGAGCUCCCUUGCUUCAGAUGAGCGUUACAGUCAGCUUGCCAGUUUGUUACAGAAACUACAGGAACAAAUCGGGCAGAUGAACGAUAAAGAAGCAAUCGUGGUCCUCAUCAGAAACUUGAUCAGACAGCACUCAAAUGUGCUGCAGGAAGAGAUGAAACAGGAAGGAACUGAUGUUCUCCAGGUAAACUGCUGGAGUCCAAAACUUCGAGAAAAAGCAACAGCUGAGAAUCAGUUUAUGGCUUUACAUCAGAAGCAUGAAUUCCGAAUCGCUGAACUGGAGUUUCUGCUUAAGAGUUUGUCUAACAGAUCAGAGGAAGUUUACAAAGAGGUUGAAAUUGCCAAGGCCAGCACUCUGAGGUAUGAUGCACCAUAUUCCUUUCAUCGAGUAUGUUGUAAUUCUCAUUGGAUACUAUUUCCAGUUUCUUUUUCUUUCUCAAGCAAUGAAAAUGAGGAACAGUACCAGCACCUCAUCUCUGAACUCAAGAGACUGGAUAUGGAAUUGUCCACAGUCAAAUCAGAAUUGUCAAAUAUGCAAGAGCUAAAGGCAUCCUGUGCAAAGAUUGAUGGGAUACAGGGAAAUGUUAACAAUCAGGUCAGAGAAUUGGUCAACUUACUGGUUUUUGGAAACAAACAAACUUCAUCCGAGUCCUUCAAGGAAUGGCUGUCCUCACAGUUUGCCAACCAAACUGAACUCCACGUCCUGUUAAAAAAUUUGGAAAUGAAGAUCCUGAAAAAUCUUACUCAACAUUGGAUUGAAACAAAAAAGCUGCCAGAUGCACAGGUAGCUGCAUGUGCAGUCAUGAGUGCUGGGAUAAGUGGCAUUUCAGAGGAGCAAGUGCAUAUCAUAGUGGACAAUGCUUUGAAACUGUACAGUGAAGAUAAAACUGGAAUGGUGGAUUUUGCUUUAGAAUCUGGAGGUGGCAGCAUUUUGAGCACUCGUUGUUCUGAAACUUACGAAACUGCAACAGCUGUGAUGAGCCUUUUUGGAGUUCCACUUUGGUAUUUCUCCCAGUCUCCUAGAGUGGUAAUUCAGCCAGAUGUACACCCUGGAAACUGCUGGGCAUUCAAAGGAUCCCAGGGGUAUCUGGUUAUUCGCCUUUCUGUGGAGAUCCAUCCUUCUGCUUUCACUCUGGAGCAUGUACCAAAGUCUCUCUCACCAGCUGGCAAUAUCAGCAGCGCACCAAAGGACUUUAACGUUUAUGGCCUUGAUGAUGAGUACCAAGAAGAAGGCACAAUUUUUGGAAAAUACACAUACAAUCAAGAUGGAGAGGCGAUACAGACUUUCCCUGUCAGGGAGGAAAGCUUGAAGAGCUACCAAAUAAUUGAACUCCGAAUAUUCUCCAACUGGGGUCACCCAGAGUACACAUGUCUCUAUCGGUUCAGAGUGCACGGCAACCCUAGGAAGCAAUGAAACAUGGACUGCACUAAUUUGUAAAAAAUGUAAAUACUGGAAAAACUGGGAAUAAUUCUGGACACUGGAAUUUGUUCUUGGGGACUUGUGGCAUGAAUAACGUGUACUGCUGAAUCGCCUACUAUCAGAUGCUUUAAGAACACUGCCAGCUGAACGGUUAAUGGCUUUGUCACCUUUUUAGAGAACGUUUGUCUUGUUUUUAUUUUGGUGAACGUCUGGGUGUGUUUGCUUCGUGCAACAGGAAUAUCGAAUGCCUUUCCUCUUGGAAAAAGUGGAAAGAAAUUGAUGUACAGAGUAUUUUAUUGGACAUUGGAUAAUGUUUAUUUGUAUAUUGCACAACAGUCCUUGUAUUUGUAAAGAGAAUACUUCAAGUAUAAACUUAUAUUAACCGAUGUAAUCCAUAUAUUUAACUAUUGACAUUAAACCUGUGGCCUAUGUAGAAAGACUGGAAAUGAAAUGCACUCGUAUAUUUCAAACUAUGAUAUGAAACAAGGCAUAUUUCCUCCUGUAAAGCAAAUUUAGGGAUUUUGGGGAAGGGACUUUGUGAAUAACUAUUUAUUUUUCAAGAGCAACAUAGGACUUUGUGCAAUGUAUUUUUGUAAAUUUUUUCACACUGUCUUGAAGUGUUUUUAUUUCCUUGGCUGUCGCUGAAUUGACAAUGCUGUUCAGAUGUUUAAAUAAAGAAUUUAAUUUUUUGAGAGGCUGCAUGUAAUUGAGACAUAAUAAAGGGUAAACUUUC